CGCAGAGUAGCGGCUCGAUAUGGCUUCGGAGCGGGUGUGCGUGUUGGAAAAGGGGGAUUCGGGCUACGGGUUUCAUCUGCACAGUGAGAAGACCCGGCCGGGCCAGUAUGUGAGGCUGGUGGAGCCUGGCUCAGCAGCUGAGAAAGCAGGACUGAGGGCAGGGGACCGGCUCAUCCGGGUGUGCGGGGAGGAUGUGAGGGAACUCGGGCACCAGCAGGUGGUGAGCAAAAUCCGGGCAGCGACUGAGAAACUCACCUUGGAGGUACAGGGAGUAGAGGAGGAGGUGGCCCCCAGCUCCCCUAAAGAAGAAAACAAGGCAACUGAGAAGCAACCCACCCCUGUCCUGGAUAGGAAGGAGCUGCGACCCCGACUCUGCACCAUAAAGAAAGGACCAAGUGGUUUCGGAUUCAACCUGCACAGUGACAAGGUUCACCCAGGGCAGUUUGUACGAGCGGUGGAUCCCGACUCACCAGCAGAACUUGCAGGGCUUCUACCCAAGGAUCGCAUUGUAGAGGUUAAUGGCUUAAAUGUGAUUGGGAAACAGCAUGGCGAUGUGGUGGCUGCCAUCAAGGCAGGGGGAGACGAGACUUCCUUGCUUGUCUUGGACCCAGAGGCAGAUUCCUACUUCAAGGAGUGCAAUGUGGUUCCGGGAAAACAGCAUCUGACAGGCCCCUUACCAGAAAAGCUUGCCAAUGGUGGCCUGGAGAAGCUUAAUAACUCAGAAGAACAGAUUCACCCAGAGUCCCCUCUGUCUUCUCCAGAGCCCGCGCCGGAUAUGGUCACCCCAAAACUGGAAGCACAAAAGGACAGCUCAGAAAAUACCCCCGCGCCUGCCUCAGACGCCACUUCCCCCACAGAGCCCGUCCUUGACCUGAACAUGUCGCUGGCACUGGCCAAAGAGCGAGCCCACCAGAAGCGCUCACAGAAAAAAGCGCCAUCUAUGGACUGGAGCAAAAAGAAAGAAGUGUUCAGCAGCCUGUGAGAAGGGGGAUAAGAAGAGCUGCUCCGUAGCUGCGCACCUUAACCAUUCUGUGGCUUCUCCCAGCAGCCUCUUCCUGUCCCGCAUUCCUUUCCUGCGGCAGCACCACGCACUUCCUGUCCUGUGAAGGGCAUUUAGUCGGCCAUUGUCAGCUGGAUUGUUAAUACCCGUAUCUCUGGCUAGAGUCCGUCCUGGUCUAUCUCCUGUGCAGCCCCAUAACAUGUGACCUGAAUACCGUGGGACUGUACGCCACCGCCUUGUGCGCCAAGGUGUAUGGUCACAUGCUCUGCGUCAGUGGCGCUUCGGGGGGGGCUGUCGUUCUAGCUGAGCCGGUUUAAUUCAUGAAUAGAAACUUCAUUUCAGAAACUCUCGUGGUCCUACUGAAUUUCCACUAUUUUUUUUCCUAUGACUUCGGUCGGAGGUUUGUUUUCUAAUAACAUUUUUGUGAAGGUUAUAACAAAAUAUUUUGCUAUUUAGCUAAAUACAGAUUUCUCGACUUUUAA